AUGCAUCUUGCCACGUCAACCAUGUCACAGAAUCCCGAAAAUACACUUGUUUCUUUAUUCCAAUCUGAUGAAGAUAUCGAUAGCCUUUUUCUUUUAUUCCCUGUACUCGCCCUUUUGUGUAAGAACGAUUACUUCAUGCGAUUUACGCCAUGUGUCACUCUCCCUUACAGUUCAACAGAAACAUGGUCUGAAAAUGAUGUUCUGAAGUUAGCUAGUGCUGUUGAAUCCAAUAUAAUACAUCCAAUUGGAAAAGCUAUCCGGGAAGCUGCCAAGGCUGCUAAAUGUCCCAAUGCUAAUGAUCGUACAUACAUGGAGGAACUUGGUUUUGGUGUAGUAACUUCAAUUGGGAAGAAGAUAACUUCUGUUGGGAUAGUGGAAUGGGUUGGAAGGUAUAAUAAAUUGUAA